CAAUCGAUUGUCUGCGUUGGAGUUCGCCGCUCAUUCUCUUAUAAUCAGUCCCGACCGGAUCUCCAUAAUCCCAGAAUAUGAAGGUAAUCGCUGCGUACUUGCUCGCCGUGUUGGGUGGCAACGCUAGCCCUUCCGCCGAUGAUAUCAAGCAGAUCCUUGGCUCUGUUGGAGCAGAAGCGGAUGAUGAUAGAAUUGAGCUUCUCUUGUCUGAAUUGAAGGGUAAAGACAUAACGGAGGUUAUUGCCAGUGGUAGGGAAAAGUUGGCCUCAGUGCCUGGUGGCGGGGGAGCUGCAGUUGCAGUGGCCGCCGCGCCUGGAGCUGGUGGCGCCGCCGCCGCCCCAGCUGCGGCUGAAUCAAAGAAAGAGGAAAAGGUGGAGGAGAAAGAAGAAUCUGACGAAGAUAUGGGCUUCAGCCUCUUCGAUUAAUUCUAUUCUUCUUUUAUCUAGAAAUCUUUCAGUCUAUAGCUUCUAGUUUUGUCGAAGUUUUGUUCUGAAGAGCAAUGUCAUGUCAUUCGUAUCAAUGAUCCAUGUAAAUUUCUGUUUGGAGUUUAAUUUCUUUAAGAUGUCUGGAAUCUAAAUUUGGGUUUGACUCCUUUUUACUGGAAUCAAUUUUGUGAUCUUUCUUAAUGAUCAGGUCUAGCGUAUUUUUACACCAA